AUGCAGGCCGACGGUUCUGUCUCGGUGACAAGGAGAGAAUUGUUUGUGCUGAUGCAACGCUACGCCGUGGGAUUCCAGAAGCAUGGGGUCAAGCCCGGGGACCGAGUCUGUGUCCACAUUACCAGCAGCGUCCACAACGUUGCUGCUAUGUGGGGCUGCGUUUUCGCAGGAGCAAGCAUCGUACCAGCCAAAACAUCGCUCACAGAAUGCGAACUGCGCUACCAGCUAAGCGACAGCGACAGCACUCACAUUCUAACGGAUGCCGCCUUUGCGGAAAAGGCUCGUAAGGCGGCGUCUUCAUUAGAAAUAAAGGGACUCUUUGCGACGGCUCCUACGGAAGGAUUUGAGUCAACGGCCUCGUUCCUUAACAUGGACGAGGCUUUGUUCCGAGAAGUCCUCGUGGAGGAUCCUAAAAAUUGCGUGCUUGGGAUUUGCUACACCUCAGGAACCACUGGUCUUGCAAAAGGUGUGGUCGUCACCCACUACGGCUUGGUGGCAAACAUGGCAACGGCAGGGCCUUGCUUUUCCUGGGAUGCCAGCGACGUGGUGUUGAUUGCAGCCCCCAUCACGCAUGCGUCAGGAAUCACCUGCAUCACUUUCGGCGUGCUUUUGGGCACACCUUUUGUGGUAGUGACUCCCGGCGCGAGUCUACAAUGCAUCAGCGAACUCAUCGAAAUAUACAAGGUGACGUCCCUUUCCUUACCACCGACACAUCUGCGGGCGAUCGUGGCGGAGAUGAAAAGCACAGGAAACCGGCUUAAAGGCAUCCGUCGCAUCGGAACCGGAGGCUUGGUGUUUUCGGAGCCCCUUCUCAGGGAAAUUCAAGAGGCAUUCGUGGACUUCGAGUGUCUGGUGAACGGAUAUGCCAUGACCGAGUCAAUGGGUAUCCUGUGCUCACCAUCCAUCCACGCGACCAAAGGUGUGGACGUUGGCUUUGUGGCUCCUUCGUCAGAGAUUAAGAUUGUCGACUUAUCGACACAAAAGAAGUUGGGGCCCAACCAGACGGGUGAAGUGCGCUUUCGGAUUCCAUCUAUGACCAAAGGUUACUACAAGAGGCCAAAAGAAACAGCUGAGCUCUUCGACGAGGAUGGCUGGUGCAGGUCAGGAGACGCUGGAUAUUACGACGACGAUGGAAGGGUGCACAUAGUCCAGCGGCUGAAGGAGAUGAUCAAGUGCUUGGACAAUCAGGUGGUGCCUGCUGAGAUAGAAGAACUGGUCCUCCAAGAACACCGGCAGAACAUCUCAGAAGUGGUCGUCGUAGGACUGACUCACGAUGAGUACGGAGAAGCGCCAGCUGCUUUCGUCGUUCUCAGGGAACGAAGUUCGCAGCAAUAUGACCAAGAACUUGCGGAGAAGAUAAAGACCACCGUUUCAGAUCACCUCGCUGUGCACAAGCACCUCCACGGCGGCGUGUUUUUCAUGGAGUCCCUACCGAGGACGGAAACCGGAAAAGUCAGCCGUAAAGCUCUGGUGGAAGAAGGUGCACGAAUAGCUUUUCGGUGUGGCACCACACACUGCGUGUGACUACAGAGAUCGUAUUCCCCACAGCAGAAGCCAUCGUCGGACACACGCCGACUUAUGAAUUGCGCCAAAGAGCCAUUUCAGUAUUAUUCAAAUGUAACCUCCAUUCCCUUUAGUAAGGUUUUUCUUUCUCC